AUACCAAACAUUAUAAUCACAAAACAACACUCGUUAACGAGUAGUCACCAAAAUGCGUAUCUUUGCUUUACUUGCCCUGUGCUUCGCCGCUGUCGCAGCCGUACCCACCAAUCCUCAGAGGAUUGUGGGUGGUUCGCUCACUACCAUUGAUCGGUACCCAACCAUCGCUGUUCUCCUAUAUACGUGGAACUUCAGCACUUUCAGGCAGAGCUGCGGUGGAACUAUCAUCAACAACAGGGCUGUCCUUACCGCCGCUCACUGCACCAAUGGAGAAACACCCAACAGAUGGCAAAUCCGUGUUGGCUCAAGCUUUGCCCACAGUGGUGGUGCAACGCACUUCGUAAACGCGAACAUCGUUCACCCAGCGUAUAACCGUAACACUUACGAAAAUGAUCUCGCCAUCCUGCGCUCCGCCACCACCUUCUCCUUCAACAACAAUGUUCGCGCUGCUUCCAUCGCUGGUGCCAACUACAACCUCGCUGACAACCAGGCUGUCUGGGCUGCUGGUUGGGGUGCCACUUUCCAUCUCGCAUUCGAGCGAUCUGAACAGCUGCGUCACGUCGAGAUGAGAAGUAUCAACCAGGCCACUUGCAGAAACAAUUACGCUGUCCGUGGUACCGUUAUUACUGACAACAUGGUUUGUUCUGGUUGGCCGACCGGUGGUCGUGACCAGUGCCAGGGAGACUCUGGUGGUCCUCUCUACCACAAUGGCGUUCUUGUUGGUGUCUGCUCCUUCGGUGUUGGAUGCGGUCAAGCUCAAUUCCCCGGUGUCAAUGUUCGCGUUUCCCGCUACACUUCUUGGAUUUCGUCUAACGCAUAAGAAAGGAAUAUCAACUGGAUCGACAUUCUCAGCACUGGUAACCAAAAUUGCAAGAAGAUAUGUGUUACCAAUGAAUAAACUUUUGCAGUAA